AUGAGAACAUGUUUCAGGUCCGAAGGCUUAGUAGAGGUUGAAGCAAUGAUCUUGCGCCAAUCUUUCUAUGGAAGGCCAGAGAUCUCAAUCUCUUUGUUGCACUCUCUCUGCAUCGUCAUCAUCCGUCUAGUCACACCCACGGUUGAGAUGUAUCUGGAGCUGCUAUGGGCAGUGACAAAGCUGAUCGUUGGUUUACUAGCGAUGAUAGUUGCGUCUACGAUACUGAUACUUAAACUAAAGGAAAGAAGACGUCGGCCAGUUACAACUGACGGUCGUGUACAUGAGGCCUUCAAACCAGUACUCGAUACAUUCAGAAACAACUUCCGUCGUGGUUGGGAGCGCGAUGGUGCGGCAUUGUGCGUGUAUUACCAGGGAGAGUGUGUUGUUGAUAUAUGGGGAGGAUUCGCAGAUAGGGAAUCCGAACGAAGGUGGAGAGAAGAUACAUUACAGAUAAUUUUCAGCACUUCAAAAGUAGUUGGGGCAAUUUGCGUCGCUAUGCUUGUCGAUCGUGGUCGCCUCAAAUAUUCUGACAAGAUAUCUUCUUUUUGGCCUGCAUUCGCAAAACAUGGAAAAGAGAAUAUAACAGUCGAAAUGGUGCUAUCCCAUACUUCGGGUCUGGCUUGUCUAGAUGGUAAGAUUUCAUACGAAGACGCUUGUGAUCACGAACGCAUGGCAAGAUACAUAGAAGAGUCGAAGCCUACUUGGGAGCCAGGAAAGGCCGUUGGAUAUCAUGCGCUAUCCUAUGGUUGGCUAGUCGACCAGAUCAUACGGCGAACUGAUGUGAAAAGAAGGGGUAUAGGACAGUUUUUUAAAGAGGAAAUAGCCGACAAGCAUGGUCUUGAUUUACAUUUUGGGCUACCGAUGGAAAAAGCAUGGCGUGUUGCACGAAUUACGCGACCUACAGUCAUUGAUCGCAUUGAUGAAUUUGUCACUGAUCCAGGCAACUUGAAUUACGCCUUCGUAUUCAAGCAAUAUCUGAAAGGAGGCCUGAGCAUGAAAGUGGCAACCAAUCCGCCUUGGUUGCAAACCAUCUUUAAGGUGACUCUGAACAACCCUGAAAUGUAUGCGUUAGAACAGCCAGCAGUACUUGGAAUUGGAACAGCUCGCGACAUGGCAAAACUUGCCCAGCUACUGAUGGACGGCAAGCUCAUCAGCCGGCCUACUCUUGACUUGCUCAAUGAGAAUCUCAUAAUCACAAAGGACAUCGUCACUGGUGCUCACGCUGAAAGAGGUCGUGGGACUACCGUUAUGCAUUUGAAAAGAAAUGGGUCUCACUAUCGAUUGAUUGGUCAUACUGGCUUGGGAGGCCAGAAUUUGCGCUGGGAUGAAGAUAACAAGUUGGUGAUCGCUUUUUUGAGCAAUGGUUUGAAAGGUGGGCUUGGAGAUCGUGCGAGGACAUAUGUGCGCUUGGUAGAGACCAUAUACGAUUGCUUGCCAAAAAUUCGAGACAACAACGUUUGGUCGACCAUGGAUCAUAGUCGCAUGAUAUCGGCCAAAGAUUCCAUAAGAACGUCAUAAAAGCAUUAAAAGCUGUUAUGCUUUGAUAACUUCUUUAAAGCUCGUCCACAUAUAUCCGUUGUAACUAAUUUCUCUUACAUAGUUGUACUUUAUUACACAUAUCGUGCGG